AAGUAGUCCUUUUAAAGGUAUUUGUUGACUGCUGACAGAGCAGGGCAGGUGGCAACGGCCAACAGACGGUGAGGAAGGAGGACCCAGUACUGACACUGACACAACAAGCUGCUACCUAGCCUCUGAACACACACUCUCUCUCUCUCUCUCUCCCUCUCUCUCUAUCUCUCUAUCGCACACACAGACUUAGUCAUAACUCCAACUGAAUAUCAGAGCACAUAGGAAGGACUUAGGCAUAAUUAAAGUCUCGAAGUACCUGCUGAGAUCUCCGAGGUCUGUUGACGUUGAUCGAGUAAACAUGCAUUCUCACGUGGAGAGGAAGUGAACUGAGCUGAGCCCAAGCUGAAGAGAGGAUCAUCUGACAUCUUCAUCAUUUAAGAGACAACACAGAUUUUAAAGAUUGACCAAAAGGAGAAGACCAGGCAGUCCAAAAGGAGCAGGACAGAAGAGACGGAAGUCUUUCUGAAGAUGGAGCAGCAAACUCCCCAGAUUUGGCACAUGCAGGAAAUGCCUGGAAAGCUGCAAAAGAAGUUGUCAGUAGCCAACCAGCCGGAGUGCUCCAUCUGCUACAACACCUAUGACAACGUCUUCAAAACGCCCAAGCUGCUGGAGUGCACCCACACUUUUUGCCUUGAGUGCCUUUCCCGCCUCAUGGCAGUAUCGCUGGCUGAUCAAGACAGUAAUGGUGGCACACAACUCUCUUGCCCCCUUUGUCGUCACCUCACCACGUUGCCCGAGGAGGGACCCCCAGCCUUGGCCACCAGCCACGAGGUCCUCUGUAAACUACCCAGCCACCAGCAACAAGAGGAGCCUGUGUGGCUGGAAGGGGAGAGGCUGUGCUACAAGAGCUCCAGGCAAGAUGCUGGUUCAGGUUCCCGUGAUAGUCCCACAGCCUUCUGCAUCUGCAUUGACAUUGGGGCCAGCAAGUCUGUGGAUGUUCCUAUCGAGACAAGGCCCAGGAACUAUGGCGUGAUGGGCAGACUGGCAGACUGGAAGAGGAUGAUCCUCUUCAUUGUGCUCAUGGUGCUGCUUGUUGUGGUUGUGCUGUGGCCUCUUCAGUGUGUAUUCACCACUGGAAACAUGCGCUGCAUAAGAGGACAACAACUUGAUCCUGUUACUACAACUACCACCGCUACUGCUGUUAAUCACAUUUCUAAAACACUAAAAUUCUAAACUAUCUGGACUAUGAUGGACUUCAAGAUUGCAAUGUUCAACAUCUGACAUCAAAUGCAAAUAAUUGCACUUUGGUUACGUGUAGCCGGAUAAUACACGUACAACUGACAACACCUCAGAUUAGGAGGACUGCAAUGUCUAAAGCUACUAUGCGUCGACUUAUUGACGCUGAGUGUGUUCUGAGACACAAAAACAUCCAUGAAUGCCAACUUUUGCACUCUAAUACAUCUGUAUUUUAAUACAUAGAUAAGGGGGUUGAGGGGUUCGACCACAAACGGGCCAUGGUGUAGAAAUUGAGUCCUGGCCAAAUGGAGCAUCCUAAAAUGCUCUCUUUACUUAUGAAAUGUGAACUUUGAUUUGCAAACAUCCAGUUGGCUGCAAAGAGAAUGAAUGUGAUCCCAGUGUGCCAACUAAAAGCUUUGUGAAAUAUAUUUUUGAUUGUGUCCUUCAAUGUUUUUGUUUACAAAACUAUGCCUAAUAUCACGAUAUUAACAUGAAAUAUUUGUACUUGACAGCUCAUUUUAAGUUUGAUAAUCUUAAUAUUUAAAAAUGGCCUUUUUUUGUGGCAUUCAGUGUGAUUUUAUAAAUCUGAGCAGCAGCUGCAGUAAAUUUCUCUUAAAAGCACAAUGACUCACAUUCUUUAUUACAAAUUAAAGUAUGUACCAUAAGCUGGAAAACAGCCAGCCGGCUGUUCAUUUCCUCCCAACGUGAACCUUUAACCUGUGUCUAUAAAAGAAAACCUUUUCUAUUCCUGAACAGGAAACUGUCUUUAUUUACUGGACUUGGUGCGUCACAGAGGAAAAGAUAGCUUACUGGGUUUCCCAAAUUGCUUAAUUAUUAUACGUAGUUGAUAAGAUAUGUUGAAUUCUGGCUUUUAUUCUGGAGUGCCCAUAAAAGUCCAACUUCCUCAAGCCCAAUUUAAACUGCCAGGAAACACAGAUCGACAUUAAAUGCAGAUGGAAAAUAAAACAUUGACACUUCACAGCAUCAAAACUGAAUCUUAUAAGAAAUGAUUAGUUAAACACACAAAUAUUAAUACAAGAGCAGCAAAGACUGUUUCACAAGACAGUAUGUUCUCUGCAAUCUGCCCAUCACAACACUCACCUGGAGGCAAAACAGCCCAACAUACAGAAAGUUUGAUUACUUUUCUCACACAGAUACCUUUUCAAAUACUUAAAUGUCAAUGUACAUGUGUGAAACAAGCAAAAAAACAUGUAGCUUUACAUUGUGCCUUCAUAAACUUUUAUUAAUCUGUACAAUAAACCAUUUUGAUGCCAUUUCUGGCAGCUCAUUGCAUCAGCAGUUGUAGCCUAUACAGCGAAAAAAGGCGUCUGGGUGGAGCCAGUGCAAGAAGAAGAGGAAACUGGACAACAUGGGAGCACUUUGAAUACCACUAUCACAUCAGGCUUACUGCAACCAACACAGGGAAGAAAUCAAAACAGUCAUGUUAGCACAUUCAAGUAGAUGUUAAGAGGAUCAGCAGAAAGAAAAUACAGAUUACAACUGCAUACCUCUGUAGACUCUGAUUCAGACAGAAUUCACUCAUCAGGGAAAUCAUACAACAAAUAGAAAAUAAUAAUAAAUCAGAUACAACAGAAAAUGCAAGAAUGACCAAAUAAAUUUGAAGAAAAA